AUGUCUUCAAGAACUGGCGGACGCUGCACCAAGCCUGGCCACCCUCCAAUCACUUCUCUUGAACAUCAGGUCAAGCCACCUCUUUUCCGUCGUACUCCUCCCUGGUGGAGCAGAUGGGCUCUUGGCCUCAUCGCUGUAGACGUGCUCAUUACCGGUACUGCCACGGGGUUUACAUGGAACUAUUGGGCUCAACGGGUUCCAAAGAAAGUGUCUGGCUCUGAACAGUCGGCGUCAAAGGACGAUCAAACAGCCGCCCCGACGGAAAUGGAAUGGGUUCUCCGACCCGCGUGGCAACGGGCGGGGCUUUGUGCAGGCCAAUUUUUAUUUGGAGUCACAUUUGCUGGAUCGCUACUCGGUAUCAGGGCUCGCUUUGUACGGUCUUUGACGAUCUUGCCUGGAAGGCCAGUCACACCUGGUCCUAACCUGAGUGCGGCAAAAAUACCCAUGGACGGUCGGCGGGUUUUCAUUCAGACAGCCGACAAUCGUGAUAACUUCGGAGUGGAACUUCCGAUAAGAAAGGGUUGGUUAGAGGAAGGCAGGGAUAGGUCCGAGAUCAUUGUGCAAUUUGGCGGUGCGAAAGGCCAUUGGUUUGUGGGAUUGCAUGAUUCAUUCAUCAAUGGCGAGAAACUUUCGCUAGAGGACGCUCGCUCUAGAUUUAUCAAGGAAUGGAAGGCGUUUGGCACACAAGAAGAUAAACAGAUGUAG